AUGAUCGGCUUUCCUCUUCUCUUCUCUGGUGGAUUUGUCGAUUUAAGGCAGCGGGUUGAUUUGGGUACUCAAUACAAUGCCCCAUGUCUGGACCUUUUAAGGCCCAGUCCACUCUCCCCACCAACUCAAGCGUUAAGGAGAGAGAGACAGAGAAGAGAAGGAAACAAAUCAUCAACGUCGUCAUCGGGAGAGAUGGAUUUGGAUCAGUGGAUAGCGAAGGUAAAAGAAGGACAGCAUCUGUUGGAAGACGAGCUUCAGCUUCUCUGCGAAUACGUAAAAGAGAUCCUCAUCGAGGAGUCCAAUGUGCAGCCUGUUAACAGCCCUGUCACUGUCUGCGGUGAUAUUCACGGUCAGUUUCAUGAUCUUAUGAAACUUUUCCAGACCGGGGGUCAUGUACCUGAGACUAAUUACAUUUUUAUGGGCGAUUUUGUUGACCGGGGUUAUAAUAGUCUUGAAGUGUUCUCUAUUCUUUUGCUUCUCAAAGCAAGAUACCCAGCUAAUAUUACACUUUUGCGUGGAAAUCAUGAAAGCAGGCAAUUAACUCAGGUAUACGGUUUCUAUGAUGAGUGCCAGAGGAAGUAUGGAAAUGCCAAUGCAUGGCGGUAUUGUACUGAUGUUUUCGAUUAUCUGACACUCUCAGCGAUUAUAGAUGGCACUGUGCUUUGCGUCCACGGUGGUCUUUCUCCUGACAUUCGAACCAUUGAUCAGAUAAGAGUGAUUGAACGAAAUUGUGAAAUUCCUCACGAAGGGCCAUUCUGUGAUCUCAUGUGGAGUGAUCCUGAAGAUAUUGAGACAUGGGCAGUUAGUCCCCGAGGAGCAGGUUGGCUUUUUGGGUCUAGGGUCACUUCUGAGUUCAAUCACAUUAACAAUCUUGAUUUGGUUUGUCGAGCGCACCAACUUGUACAAGAAGGUCUCAAGUACAUGUUUCAAGACAAAGGCUUAGUCACUGUCUGGUCUGCACCAAAUUACUGUUACCGCUGUGGAAAUGUAGCUUCUAUAUUGAGCUUCAAUGAGAAUAUGGAGAGGGAAGUGAAAUUUUUUACAGAAACAGAGGAGAACAACCAGAUGAGAGGGCCUAGGACAGGAGUUCCAUACUUCUUAUGA